UGUUGGGGGAGCCGGAGCUGGCGCUCCGCACUUCCGGCCCCGGCUUCCUCCGUCGGGCCGCUUCGCGAACAGCGUGGGAGCCCGGCCCGCUGAUCAGGAUGAUCACUGACGUGCAGCUCGCCAUCUUCGCCAACAUGCUGGGCGUGUCGCUCUUCCUGCUCGUCCUUCUCUACCACUACGUGGCCGUCAACAACCCCAAGAAGGAGUGAAAGUGGCGCCGCCCCAGGGCUCCAGGACAUAGUCUGAGGCACGAUGGGGGGUGUGAGGGUCCCCUCACACUUCACUUCAUCCCUCCUACCCAUCACCACAUACAAAAAGCAACUAUACCUGGAUUUUUCCAAACAACUUUUAUUUCCUCAAAGUCUUCCUUAACCCUAUGGAAUGAGAAGCUGCCACGUAGUAGGGCCCAGUAUGGGGGUUUCUUUCUUUUGUACUCCCCCCAUAUAAAUAUAUUUUUUUCUGUGGUCCCAAAAAAUAAUUGUGUUGGGGCCACAUCCAGCAAUGGUCAGGGCAUACUCCUGUGUCUGGAAUGACCAAUAUGGGAUGCCAGGAAUUGAACCUGGUUCAACUGUGGGCAAGGCAAAUGCCUUACCCACUGCACUCUAUCCAGCCCCCACAUUGUUUUUUGGGGUCUGUACCUGGUGAUGCUGAGGUUACUCCUGGCUCUGCAUUCAGGAAUUACUUCUGGUGGUGCUCUUGGCCCCAACUUACAUAGAUUUAAAUCUUUGCCUUGCAGAUUAUAGAUUUUUAUCAAGGCUUUAAAAGGCUAAAAGUCUGUUAUUUCAUUAUGAGAGGGUCCUCAUCUAUCCCCUCCUACAAGCUCAAGUAUUCAAAGUGGCUUCAUACACAUUUCCCUGUAUUUAUAGUGGCCUUAUUUGCUGCAGUUAUGUCAUUGGCAUGUCUAUGAAGAAUGAGUUAAAUCAGAACGUCAAUAAAAAAAAUAUGGACAAGUUGUCACAACUAUUGCAAGGCCUUAUGUUGGAAGUCAGUUUCGAAUUUCUAUUGUUGGUGACCCAUAAAUUUCACUGGAACCUAGUGUUUUAGGUUAUACCUAGUUAUCCUUGGGGAGAAGGGGCCACACUUGGCAGUGCUCAGCGGACCAUUAUGGGGUGCUGGGGAUAGAACCCAGGUCGGCUGCAUACAAGGUAAGUACCCUUACUCUCUGGCCCUGCAGAGAAAUUUUUUUUUUUUUUACAAACUUUGUCAGUUCAAAAUCAGAUUACUUUGGGUUGUAUUCUAAUGAGCUGCCAACCUCAGUCAAAAUCAAGCACAAGUACUUUAGAGAAAAAGAUGUGACAUGCCAUCCAGUUGAGGUGAAAGAUUUUCCACUGUCAAUGUUUCACUGUCUUUGUGAAUAUACCUUCUUUCUUUCCAAUUUGUACAGUUCUCUUCUUGCAUUUGCUAAAAUUUGACACCAGUGUCUUUUUGCAGGGGUUUAGGGGAGGCACAACUCAUUGAUGCUCAGGGGUUUACUCCUAGUUCUGCACUCUGGAAUAACUUCUGUUGGUGCUCAGAGACUGACCAUAUGAGAUGUCAAUGAUCAAACCGCGAUUAGCCAUGAACAAUCAGGUCCCCCCCCGGCCCCCGCAACACCCUUUUCAUUAUGUGUUGAACAGAUUGUGUUCUGAACCCGAGUGCCCAACACACACACACACACUCACCCCUUUUCAUUAUGUAAUUAACAAUAGAUUGUGUUCUAAACCCGAAGCCAUCCAGAGGAAAUUCAUUUCUCCAGUUAAAAUUCUCAAAACAGGGGCAGUAAGAUAGCUCAAAGUGGUACACCAAUUGCAGUGACUUCUUAGGGACCUUCCUCUCCCCAAUCAAGGAAAAAUCUUAAAGUAGCUUCAAUUCUAUACCAUUUCUUUGUUUCAAUCUGUUGUUCCUUAAUAUGAUGGGCAUUUUCUCAAUGACUGAAUUUGGAGUAUGGGAUUGGGAAUAUGUAAAAUUCCACCUCUACAGCAGAAGUCUAUUUCAAAAACAUUAAAACCAUUUCAAUUGACACAUACUUAGUGGAAGGUGGGGGGGGGAAGCAAAGGAUGGGCUAGAAAGCAGUAAUAUUAAAGUAGCUUAGAAUUAUUUUAUCAUGGGUAAUUCCUCUUGUAGACAAUUAUGAUUACUCCUUUGCAUUUUGUAACAGAUACAAGGUUAAAGAAAGCCCUAAGUAUUUAUCAGAAUCAAUUCUGGAAACACACUUGUACUGUGCAAGCUUAAUGCACUUCAAUACUUUAUCCCCUCCAAAAUAUAAUCCCCUAAUAAUGGUGCCAUCUAUUUAUUCCUUCCAGAUCACCCAAGCCUUAAAUACAACAAAUUUUCUUUUUUUUGCCACAUCUGAUGGUGCUUAGGGAUUUCUUGUGAUGCUUGAAGGACUGUAUGCCUGUCAGUUGCACCAAGCACCCUACCUGAUUAUCUUUCUGCCCAUUCCCUCCCCAAUAUACACACAUUUUAAAAAGAAAAUCAAGGCAAAAAGUCAAUUCAUGCUAGUAAAGGGAAGAGUUGAAGCUGAAAUGUAUACAAUCGGAUCUUAGACCUUAUGCCUUUUGUAAGAACUGCUGUACUGUCACUUGGUCCCUGAUCAAGACAUUUUUAUAACUAGAACUUUCAAUUUUUUCCCCC